AUGGAAGAAGAAGCAGCAUUUCCUACUGAAGAUGAACUUCAUGUUGCUUCUGCUCUUCUCCUUCUAUCAACUACGCAUUCGUUAUCUCCAAAAGUAAAGAGCAUAUCUGAGAUUUCACAGAUAGCUGCAUUGAGUUAUGGGACAUCCGUGUCGGAUUCGAAGUCGAAAUCGACUGAUUUUUCAACUGUAACAGCUGAAGAUGCUGAUAUACAUUCUGCAUCUCCAAAGAUGACGAUCAUAUCUGAGACUUCACAGAUAGCAACAUUGAGUUAUACAGCUUCGGUAUCGGAUUCGAAAUCCAAAUCUACUGAUUCUUCAACUGUAACAGCUGAUGAUGAUGAUGAUUCACAUUCUGCAUCUCCAAAAGUGAAGAGCAUAUCUGAGACUUCACAAAUAGCUGCAUUGAGUUAUGCGACGUCUUUAUCGGAUUCGAAGUCCAAAUCAACUGAUUCUUCAACUAUAACAGCUGAUGAUGACGAAGAUGAGGAUGAUGAUGCCUCGUUUUCUGAGGCUAAAGCAAAUGCUCGUCGGAUGAAGAUGAUUCGGAUGAUUCGUGUCAUUAAUAAGCUCAAGGCGGUGCGGAGGAGACGAUCUAAGAGCUUAUACAUCUCCGAUUGCCUGAAAAUCAGCUCCGGCAAGCCAAAAACCGCCACUUCUCUGAGUACCUUUUGCACAUCAACUUCCUCGUGCGUGUCGAUUGACUCUGCCGCCGGUGAAAUCUCAAGCGGCGGCGGAAGCUAUGAGGCUAAUAGAGUAGUACUAAAGGAAAGAGAAUGUAUUCCGAGGAAGAUGAAGGUGAUUUUCUCAGCUCAUAUGCGGCGUCGAGCUGAAGCCAUAUUGAAGGUGUUGUCAUCUCAUGGUUGUGCUUCUGAAGUUAGGAUUCGUCAGCUGCUUGGUGAUAGCCCUGAUACCAGCAAAGCCUUGAGAAUAUUAUUGAGGCUAGAAGAAGUGAAGAGGACAGGGGCAGGAGGUCGCACAGAUCCCUAUGUUUAUGUGAUAAGUUGACAAAGGUAGAUUCCACUGGAAAAUAAAUCUUGCCCCGAUAGAGGCUGGAUAUAUUUUAUAGUAUAAAAAAUAACUGAGACAAAAGUAUAAUUCCAAAGUUUAUUGUACUAGACUAGAGAAUCCAUGCCAACCAAACUGGUGAUUCACUUUGUAUUACGUCCUAUUAAGUAUUCGGACACAGUUU